AUGCAAGGGGUCGCUACAGAAUCCAGCACUAAAACUGCAGAGAAUUCUAUGGAUUUCAGCAACGUUCCUCCACUGCCGGGGCAGGACAGUCCACUGAGAUGGGGUGGGAACAAGUUUGAAGAUUUGCCUAUAGUUUAUGUAAAGGCCACGUAUAACAACACUUAUAUUCAGCUGACCGAUGGUGCAGGAGCUUCUCUGGUCAGGACCUCAUCCUGGUGCCUGGAGUGA